UUCCGCCUGGGUUUCCUUUAUGAUCCUGGGAUCUCCCAGCCUUUCCCACCAAACCUCUCCGGGCGGGAAGGCGAAGACAACGCUCCUCUCUUUCGCUUACCUCAGCACACACAGAUCACCACGGCGCUCUCUCUGCUUCGACUGUGCGCUUUCCGAAGCUGGCUGCGACGCAUACCUUUCGCCUGAGACGGAUUUUUAAGAAUAUACCGCAACAACAGAAGUGCAGCGAUCUUUCGGGAUCUGCGUUGCCUUCGUAACCAGCUCCGGUGUUUUUUCGACGGUAUAUUUCCACGCCGAGGUGUUAAAGGGGCCGUAGUCAUCGCCGCGAUGUCCGAGGUUCUGCCAUACGGUGAGGGGAAGAUGAACGGCUAUGGUGGAGACAGUGACGUUGGUCAAAUAUCCUUCAGCUGCCGGCUGCAAGACACCAACUCGUUCUUUGGUGCGUCGCAAACAAAAAGACCGCCCAAACUCGGGCAGAUUGGGAGAGCGAAGCACGUGGUCAUCGAAGACGACCGGAUAGACGAGGUUCUGAAGGGCAUGACAGACAAAUCGUCGCCCGGGGUUUAAGCGUGAACCAUGCCCAGCAGACUCCUCAUUUUUAAUCACCGGUCAGAAGCACUUGUCGGCUGUGCGUGCGUUUGAGAGGCGGAACCGAAGAGGGCAUGGCGUGAAGUAGAGAGAGGGAUGGCAAAGAAGAGAAGAGGGGAAGAGAAAGAGAGAGACUGGGCAAGGGCUGAGAUUUAUUUCGCGGGUUGAUGGCAAUUCUCCAAACGAAACCCGUUUUGAACCACGGCUGAGCAGACAGGCGAAGAUGGCUGAUUCGCGCGGCUCUGUGCUUCGUCUUCUGCCGACGUGCUGUGCCGGACGAACUUACCAUUUCACCGCCAUCUUCCGAGAAGCGCUGUAAACAACCGCCACCGCGUCAACCGCGAAGACUACAGGAAGCUGACACUCAUUUCGAUAUAAAGUCUGUAGCUGUGCAGUAUGUAAGAGCAAAGCUCAUCGUCCUCCCGGUACAUGUGUAACAUACCACGUCCUAUUUAAACGGAGCUGUCCGUUUCAGCACUAAAUGAACGCAGAUUGCAUUCUGAUCGCUGCUAAUUGUUUCUUUCGAACAGAUGAAGGGUUUUUUUUUCCUAGUAUAACCCACAAACAUCUGCCGUGUGUAGUAGUGAAAACUGACCCUAAGAUGUGGCUUCAUUUUUUACACAAACAUACCGGCGCGUUCGCUCUCUCUCGCACACACACACUCACACACACACACACACACAUGCACAUAUUUUUUUUCAAGUCGGGGUUGCCCGUCGAUGGAAACAGUUGUGUCCUUUCCCUAUUGUCAGGGUCUUGUAUAGAUAGGCGCUUAACUCUUCCACGUCAAAUAGGAAGACAUUUUUUUCUGCCAACGCCAGCCGGGAUGGUCUUAUCAUAAAUACACGAAAUAAUAACAAUAACAGUAAUAACAAUGAUGAAAAAGACUUGUGAAAGAUUUUAUUAUUGGUAGUCUGAUUUUUAUAUGAUUAUUUGUUUUGUCGUCUUGACAUAAUAAAAGUUGACAUUCUUCUCCAUGUCUUUGCAUGAACUCCUGCUCUCGUGCCAGCGUGGGUGUGUCCACCGUUCUUUAUCACCGUCGGCACGCUUCUUUUUAACAAGAUUCAUAUUUGUAUUUUUAUAUAUAAAUAUUUAUGUCAUUCAAAAUGAUAUGCUAGCCUAACGUAUUAUAAACCAUCAAACACGGAGAGGAUGUAG